CUCCCAUCAAAAGAAAACAGGAAGUGGAAUCACCGAAGAAGAUCCACCGCGUGGUUCUCCUUUCACUCAUAGAAAAAGCAGCCACAGAUUUUUUUGCAUAGUGUUUAUGUAUGAACAUUCUUUCUUUUAGUAUCCUGUUUUCUGUAUGCUCUGUCCUAGAAAUGAUACUUCCGACGAAGUUCAUCAAUUUUUAGUGAUCGCCCGCAUUGCUUACUAGUAUUGGUUGUUGAGGGUAAUCUCAAACUGGUGCAAACAUCAUCUGUGAUUGUUUGGAUAAAAGGUACAGGACUGGAAACUACGAUGAUAAAGGAUAAUCCUUGGAAUAUACCCCCUAAUGCGCCAGCAUGCAUGGAGAAGCAUCUCUGCGCAGCGCAGUACAGAGCAGAUGGCACCUUGUUGCUCGGGUCUUCCAGCCUCACUGGCAGGAGUUGGCAGGGCUCAGUGUGGAUCUACAGCAACCCUGAGCAGGCCCCCAACGAGGGCUUCUGCAAAGCUGGCGUGCAAACUGAGACUGGUGUAACGGACGUCAAGUGGAUUUCAGAAAAGGGUGUUGUUGUGGCAUCAGAUUCAGGUGCCUUGGAGCUGUGGGAACUUGCUGAGGAUGAGCGCCUCCUGGUCAACCGUUUCACCAGGCAUGAGCAUGAUGAUAUCGUCACCACUGUGAGCACCGUAGCUGCAGCAAACAGUGCCAUCACUGGGAGCAUGGACUGCAGAAUUAAAGUGUGGGACCUGAGUCAGGAGAUGGUUGUCACGUCAUACAAUGCGCACACACAACCGGUAACUUGUGUUGCCUGCAGUCCUACGGACGAUUCGCUUUUCAUCUCCUGUGGUCAGGAUGGCCGUGUGCUCAUGUGGGACACACGGAAACCAGAUAAACCGGCCACAAGAAUAGAUUUAGAGGCUUCCCACUGCUUGCCCACCACUGUCUCCUGGCACCCUGAGCACAGAAGCACCAUUGCUUUUGGCGACGAGCUCGGCAGAGUGACCGUCAAGGAUUUCCUCACGACAGAGCCAGCUCGUGUGGCAAGCGUCCACAGCCGCAGAGUGAAUGGCUUGGCCUUUUCUACACACAGCACAUCUUUCCUGGCCUCCAUUAGCGACGAUUGCUCCCUAGUUGUUUUAAACUCAGAACUGCAGGAAACAUUCAGAGAUAGACGCCACCAAGACUUCAUCAAGGGCGUGUGCUGGCUUCCCGGAGGCUCCAAUAACCUCACCACCGUUGGCUGGGAUCACUUUGUGCUUCACCACACGGUGGAGCCAACAGGGGGCACCCCCAACUCGUCUUAGGCCCAAAUACACUUCCGAAGCUCAUGCCUCUGUAGAACUUUAAAUUCAAUUAUCCUUCGAAGUUAUUUGUUAUGUUUGGAAAAUAAAUGAUGGAAAAAUAAAAGCUUUUCAGUGUUACUGCA